AUGACCUCACUGACCUCUCUCGCCCCCGAGAUCCUCACCCUCAUCUACCACGCCCUCCAACGCAACACCUCAGGAGAAAACUCGCGCGCAGCCGCACACUGGGUACUCAGCGACGCCGGGCCCCUGCACCUUGCGGCGACAUGUCGCACUCUGCGCUCCAUCUACGUCUCCCGGCACGUAUGCUCGAACCUGAUUCUAGAACUCCCAGCUCCAGAUGACUCGGCCCCGAGUCCUGGGCAUCCAAAUUCAAAACCCUUCUAUGAGUUCUGGACACGUGUAGACCAGAACGGUCCUCGUAGUCUAGUGCAGAAGCUGAGGAAUAUGAAAGGUGCAGCGGAUGGCAAGCCGCUCACGAGGUUCAUGCUCGAUUCUAAAUGGUGGGCGUGGCCGCGUGAGGAAAUGGAACUGUGCAUGGAUAUGUGGAUGGAUAUCCUGCGGGACGUGAGCGAGGUGUUUGGCGAUGAGUUGAGUGUCGUUGUCAUGUGUCAGGGGGAAAGCGUGCAGCAGGAUUUCAGAGGAUAUGCGCCGAGGGGGAUUAGGGAGAUGGAGGAUUUGAGUAUAUUGCCCAAGGGGUAUCUGAACAUUGCGACUACACCUGUUAUGGAUCUGGAUGAGGAUGUGCAUAUCGAGGCAGGUUCAAGGUUACGAACUCCUCGUGAGGCAACGGAUUCAUUCCCUAGAGUAAAAGGACACAGGCAGCCCUCACCACCCCCUCGAGCAGACCUCGAGACCGCCGCGCCACUCGCUCUGCAUGUCUAUCUUGGGUACCGACAGCAUGGCACAGAUGUGUUAAUGAGCUACGCGCUGUGCAUGUUCGCCAGCAAGAACCUGCGAUCUUUUCACUUUGCAACCGACGCUAACAAUCUCAAUUUAGUCGGACAUGGGCGACGGCCUGCACAAGGCCAGGAAUUAUACAAGAUUAAAAAUCCGUACUCGUAUGGGAAUCCAUGGAGGCAUUUCCUUCCGUCUUUGAGCUCGGCAUGUGAGACGCUGGAAGAAAUAGUGCUUGAUUGCUCGCUUUUCUGGUCGGAACUUGGGUAUGCACUUCCGCAUCUUAAGAAAUUGAAGAAGUUGGAUUGUGAGAUGGCGCUUUUGCAUACGGAGCCCAUGUUUCCGUUUGAGCUGGAGUCAAAGGAGAGGGCUGAGGAGAGGAUUCUGAAAACUUGUUCUUUGAGAGAUGAAAUUGCACAGAAAGAGCGGGGGUUGAAAAAGAAUAAGGGAAAGGAAUGGUUGGAUAUUGGGAGGGAGGGGAUUGUGUUGCCUAGGAUUGAACCGGAGGUCAAAACGAUGAAUGGGUCUGAUCCGCAUUCGAGGUUCGCAACCGUGGAUUUGAAGGUUUGUGUGCAGGUUAUCAGGAGAAGGAUUGCGAAGUCGAGGAGGUGA